GUAACCCAUGUACCCGUUUCAGAAGAUACUCUUCCUUCAAUCGAAAUUGGUGGCAUGAUAGGAUUGGAGCGAGUUCUUGGGGCGAUACUAGAAACAGGGCCACGUCGGCUACGGAUUCUAUGCGCGGAAGUUUACAACCGGGAUCCAGUCGAAGAUCCGCAUGCAGAGUCGACGAAAAUACGCCCGACAAGCUUGCCAACAAUCAGCCCUGCCACACAAUACGAAGGGAGACUUAAAAUUGUGCAAGUCCCAGAUCUGUUCAGCAAUAGGAAGCUAGUGAUCGGCGUAAGAGGAUAUAACUAUCUGGUUACUUCUAGUCUCUGUGGUAGGGAGGCACUUGUCGGGCCCAAACGCUGCGCAGAUUUUCCAGUUAAUCACACAACGAAGAUGAACGUUAAGAGACAACUACAGGAUGCGUACAUGCUCCAAGGUGAUGUACUUGGUCUAGCCCAAAUAAGAAGUGGAUUUGGGCAUUUAACCACCUAUUCAUCCCGUCGCGGGGCGUUGCAAGGCUUCGGAGCACCCUCUUUGAUGCCCGUGUCUAUCUUCACGUUGUCACAGAGAGGUGUCCCAAACUGCAAUGUAUUUAGACAGCUCGCAAUUCGAGCGAGAGAAAGGAAUAAGGCCAAAAUCGUUCUCCAUAUUAGAGACGUAGACGUGCCAGAGGAUAGCGACAACACCAAAUCUGCAGAAGUGAUACGAAGUCUCAGGGGACUCUUCACCAAUGGCCAUCGGAUAACCAUUUCUGGAAACAAAGACGCUGAAGACCUUCUUAUGAAAUUGGCUCAGAUUUUCUCUCCCAUGAUUUCAGACAAAAAUCGUUUAGUGGCAGCAAGUAUAGUUUCGGAAAUAAACGGAUCGUAG